CAUCACCAAUCAUUGACAUCGAAACUUACAAGCCGCAUAGGCACCACUGGACCAGAGGCGGAGCAUAUUCUGGUUGCCAGAGACGACGGCAUUGAAGAGUUGCUUGAUUCGAGCCGGAGUUACCCGUGGCCAAAAAGCGUCCGGUGGGAUGAAGUUGCUGCACUGCAAGUCUGGGGAUAUAGAUCCCCUUUUUCAUCUGCUCUUCACGAACAAUUCGUAGUUCCUCCACAAGGCCUCAAAACAUCUGAUGGUUUGGCCUCCUCGAGCCUUGACUAUUGCUCAGGUUUUAAAGGGAACUAAAGCCCAUCAUGGUCCCUCCACUGUUGUUCUCACUCUUCAGCUCAAGCCGCUCUUCAUAUCCAGACAUCCGUUCGCCAGAAAGCAAACACCGACAUAAUGGACUUCUUUGCAAAUCUUCACGGGUUGUGCCCAGUUCAUUUCCCUGUCAAUGCCAAUGCCAUGACCUUCCUCGACAAUGAGGUUGAUCAAGCCCAAUGGGGCGGUCUCGACCUGGAACAAGCCCCCGACCAGCUCGUCUGUCUUUGCUCAGAGUACGCCAGCCAUGAUGAUGUCGACCUCGAUAAUGCUGGCGAAUCGGCCAUCGCUGAGCCGACGGCUCAACAAUCGCUCCCCCAAUCUACGCCAACUCAUGGGGUCACUUUCAACAGCCUCAACUCUCAAGAGAGUAACGAGGCCUCGGGUUCAGCCUCCGCCGAUCCGGCCUCAUCUUCCAUUCCCAGCCCCAGGCUCUUCACCUGCGACCACUGUGGUUCCAUCUCCGCAAAGACGCAGCGAGACUUCAACCGCCACUUGGCUACCGCAAGGCAUCGCAAGAACGCCAGCAGAAACGGUCGAGAAGAGAUUCAGUUAAACUCGUCACCGAACCGUGGCACAGGAUUUCGCUGCCCAGUUGCAUCCUGCGACAAUACAUUCCCGCGCAAGGAUAACCUGUGGAGGCACAUUGACAAAAUGCAUGGGAUCUCAGAGCGAGGAGAAUGAGGAGACAUUGUAAGGGGUCAAGGAGGUUGAAGUUAGUAGACUGUGUUUUUUUGUUUGCUGUUAGCGAUCUACUUCUAAGGUGGUAUAGGGAUUUCAGCGGUAACUAUGAGGUAGAGAAUAAAGAUGGGCAAUUUUACAAAAACAAAGGAGCAACUCGAUGGAACUGCUUUACCUGACAGAGGCGUUCU